GAAUGUGAGACCUACUACCAUUUAUGGUAAAAAUGAAGAGUGACUCUUAAUGAGGGACGACCCAAAAAGGAAAUUAGCGACUCUUAUUCGGGGACGGAGGGAGUAUUAUGUAACAUUGUGAUAUUCUACUAUCCAUGUCCAUCACACACAUUAACACAUGUGGAUAUGUAUGUAUGUUUGUCUUAAAAAAAGUUGUGUUUUUACUUAUAAAAAGUCAUCUGCUACAGCUAACUGUAGAGGAUCAAGUUAGUCAUAUUCUAGCAUAUGUUUGGUUCUUAGUUAAAGGAGACUGCUGUCUUUUACAUAUGUUAUUUUUUUGGCAAGGUUGGUGGCUGUCUUCCAACAAUCAUUAACUUAAUUUAAUUUUUUAGGGCUCCCACUAUAAUCUGGUGCUAAUAAUAUUCAUUUAAUUAAAUCCGAGUCUGAUUUGAAGUAUUUAUUGGAUAUUUUUUUAGGCCUCUUCUUUAUCCUAAUCUUAACUAGAAUGGAGUACUAGUUAUUUGAAUUCAUAAAAACAAUGAGGUGGUCGAAGAUUCAAAUUUACUAAAUGUAUCUAACUAUCUUUCAUCCAAACUAAUGAUAUUUAACAACUUAUUCAAACUUUGUUUGAAAGGAAAAUUAGGUAUUGCAGAGCAUGUUUAAUUCCAAUUGGGUGAUAAUUGGGUGUGACAGAGUGAGUUUUAAUCCAAGUUGAUGGUUUUAAAUCUUGUAAUAAACCAAUCAAAUUUGAUAAAAGAAACCAUUAAUAUUUGGGUUGUGCACUUGUGCUUGUGCCAAGCCACCAACCAUAAUACACACAAAAGUAAUCUUAUAAUUAAUCUGUAAUUCCAUAAUUUAUAUUUAAUUUCUUAAUUAGUGUUGUCAAUAUUGUGAAUAGAGAUGUGCGCACCCAAGCUGCAUGUUAAUAUUUUAUACUAGAAAAUUAGAAUUAGAGUAUAAAGCGCAUUUGUCUUCUUCACAUAUCUAGAGAGAGAUACUAUAUCGGAUACUUAUGAUUUAAUCGAAAAAUCUUGGAAUGGAAUAAUUACAAAUAAAUCUAAAUUUCGUUGUUUUUCUUAACUAUUUUAAUUUGUGAGUUGAAACAAAUUUGAUCGUAUUUAAUGGAUUCUUUAUACUUUUUGACUGAACCUUAUCUGUUGAUGACACGUAUACAAAGGAUGGACUGGUUUCCGGUCCCAGUGAGUUCCGCCAAUUACAAUUUGACCCCCAAACUGCCGCUAUACUGUCCCCUGACAGUAAAGCCCAUUUUCGGAAACAUCAAUAACUAUUUCAUCCGUUAUUCGCUGCAAAACCAGAGCUCGAGAGAGAGAAUAAUUCGCCAACCAUUUCACUCUCCGCCGCUCUCUCACACAUAUAUGCACACAAUUACAUACACAAGUUUGUAUAUUGAAGUAUACAUGCUAAUUAAUCAAGUCAUGGAGCCUCCUCGCGAAUCCCCAAUCCAAAUCACCGAGCAAUCCGACGAAUCCUCCGAAUUCCGCAGCCGACGCCGCGGCUGCUUCAGCCUUCCCUGCUUCGACCGCGACUCCGCCUCCCCUUCCUCCGGCGCGACGACGUGGUGGCAGAGGAUGCGCUCGCGCGGCGUGGGCGCGGUGAAGAAGAUCCGCGAGUGGUCGGAGCUGGUGGCCGGGCCGAGGUGGAAGACGUUCAUCCGGCGGUUCAAUCGGAACCGCAGCGGCGGCGGAAAGCACGCGAAUUUCCAAUACGAUCCACUGAGCUACGCGAUGAAUUUCGACGAGGGGCCGGGGGGGCAAAUUGGGGAUUUCGCCAAGGAAGGGGAAGAUGCCGACGGUUACUAUUACGCGUCGCGGAAUUUCUCGUCCAGAUACGCCAAGGGAUCGAUGGACAUGGGCAAGGAUGGGGCCACCUUCGUCUAGCUGUAUUGUAUUCGUAUACACUACAAUCAAUCAUUUUCAAUUUGUAAGUAUUGUAUUUUCAUUACUUGUUUGUGAAUUAAUACUUGCUGUAUAUUUUUUUAUAUAUUAAAAUUGGGUAGGCGCAAUUAUGAAUAAUUACAGCUCAUCAA